AUGCUCACUUAUUUGCUGCUUCUAGGAUUUGUUGCUGAGGUGGCAAAAGGAGUGACGGAAUUCGACGAUCUCGACGACGCUCUUUUCACGGUUCCAUGGGAUUCGCGGAAUGGUCAUCAACGAUACAAUGUCUAUGUCCAACCACCACCCGAUGAGGAUCAAGGGGAAAAAGGAAGAUUGACUCUGUCGAGGAGGAAACAAAAUUAUGAUUUUUCUCUCCUUUGCGCCGACGGAGUGCCACUGCUUCUCGAGGAUGAUAAGCCGAAGAAAUGCGAUCCGAAACCAUAUAAGCCGAGUCUCCGCUGUCCGAUCGGUUUCUGGUGUCACAAUGGUUUCUCCGAAGAGACUCAAUAUUGUUGUCCAAGGAAUAAAAAAAUUCGAAAUCGUUGCCACUUGCAACCGGUGAUCGGUCACGGGAAAGCCGAGAUGGUUCGCUUUUAUUACGAUUGGAAACACGCGAGGUGCAUGCAAAUGAUUUACACGGGAGUCGGUGGAAAUGAGAACAAUUUUAUCACCUAUGCAAAGUGCACCGAGAGUUGUAAAGGCAGUGGCGAGCCACCACAAGGCGAGUCCGUCUAUCGACCGCUCAACUCGGGAAGAAAUGGAGAAAAUGAAGCUCUAUCUACAAGUCCCACUUCAGUCUCAACAACGACAACAGUUGUGCUCACAAAUCCUAUAACUAUCUCAAAGACUACGACAAAUGCGGUAACAACAAAGACAGUGCCAACAACAAGAACGUCGGAACCCACAAAGCCAUCGAUCGAUUUGGAAAUCGAAGAGGAGAAUGGCGAGGGGGAUAAUGAAGAUGAAAAGUUCAUUGGGAAUCCGUGCAGUUUGCCGAGAGAGCGAGGAGAGGAGAACGGAGGACAGCCAUUGAAUCGCUACUAUUUCGAUUCCUCAGUGCAAAAUUGUGUUCAAUUCACGUAUUACGGAAUUGGUGGAAAUGCGAAUCGUUUCGAAAGCUUCGAUGAGUGUUCGAUCACUUGUGCGGCUGGAAAAUCGAUAAAAACCUCUUGUAACCUUUCGAUUUCAUCGGGAAAUGGCCGUUUCGAGAUUCCUAGAUGGGCUUUUGAUGAGAAAACAAAAAAAUGCGUCCGUUUCAACUAUUCUGGUCAAAAUGGAAAUGAUAAUCGCUUUUUGACAAGGAGAAAAUGUGAAAGGAUUUGCUUGAGAAACCCAAGAAAGAAUGGGAAAACGACAACGAUUGUCGCCGGAGUGCCGCUGAAUUUGGGAGAGAGAACAACAACCCCAUUCUCGAGGCUGAACAAGGGGAAGACCCGUCCACCCCAGCAAACCCUUUUCCCGCUUCCACCACCGCAACAACCGAUCUCCGUUCAACCGCCGGCUCCCCACCAACCCCUUCCAUCCACCUACAUCAAUCCGAAACCAAUUGAAAAGAAGAUCGAGCUGAACAAGACGCUGCCUCCAAACAUCCCAAUUGCCGUUUUCCCCAGUCCAGGCAUGCUUCCAGUCACUCAGCCAACUUCCGCGCAUACUUCACCUUGCCGUCAGCCAUUACCCCUACAACCGGUGAUUAUGUGUCACACUGGGACACCAUGCCCAAUCACAACUUUUUGUCAGAUCGGUGAAGGGCACAGCAUUUGUUGUCCGAUAAUCGACGCUGAGCCGUGUCAACAAUUGCCCGAACCUGGCACCGGUAAUGCUCAGAUUGGCCGUUGGGCAUUCGAUCCAUCCACACAGCAAUGCUCUCCAUUCGUUUUUAGAGGAUUUCAGGGUAAUCAAAAUAACUUCCGUACCUUUGUGGAUUGUGCGAGUACUUGCGGUGGUCGGAGUCCGUGUACAAGGGGAGAGCCAGCGUUUCCUCUCAUCGCUGGUGAACGCUGUUCCGCUACGAACAAUUGCCCAAGGAAUUUCGUCUGUUCGGCUGAUCCGUUCUCGUUGGAGCCGGUUUGUUGCCCGGAGGCGCCGACGAGUAUUGAGGAGUUCACUUUCAGUAAAGGGCCAAGGACUGGCUACACUCCUCCAAUUCCACAAGAAGCUGGUCCGAUCACUGUUCCCACCCCUCCACCAACUCUUCUACCAUCAUCGUUGUUCACUGUCGAUCCAUGCGCUCUACCAGGAGAUCCGGGUUACGGUACCACGAUGUCGUUGCGUUUCUUUUAUGACAGCGAAACGGCAUCCUGUCAGACGUUUCAAUAUAAUGGAAAUGGGGGAAAUGAUAAUAAUUUCGUUUCCCUAGCUGACUGUCGACGAGUCUGUCCUGAGUACCGUAACCCUUGUCCGUCGGGUUCUCCACUUCUUGACUCGACCUCGAAUGCGCUUUUCUGCGGGGUUUACGGUGGGCAUUGUCCAGUUGGUGGCUGGUGUCAUCACGGAUCCGAUCGAGCCACAACUGUUUGCUGUUCUGAAGCUUUUGACCCGUGCGCUUUGCCACUCUCAGCUGGGACAGGCAGAGAGCAACUCUCUCGUUUCUAUUACAAUGAAGAGGCUCGGCAAUGCGAACAAUUCGUUUAUUCUGGAUCUGGAGGAAAUCAGAACAAUUUCCUUUCAAAAGCCGAUUGUGAGAGCUCUUGUCCUGUUGUCGAAAAUCCUUGCUCCGUUGGCCUGCCCGCUUUUGAUGUUGACGGCGUCCCAAUGACCUGUUCAACAUCAGACUCAUCUUGUCCAUCCGGUUUCUUUUGUCACAUCGGUGCCACUUCUGUAACCACAGUUUGCUGUCAUCGAGUUGGUGACCCUUGCACUCUUCAAAUGGCUCGCGGGAAUGGCGCUCAUGUGCUGAAUCGUUGGUACUACGAUCGAGAUACGAAAUUAUGCGCGAGUUUCGUCUACUCGGGCAAAAGCGGAAAUGAGAAUAAUUUCCUUUCGAAGGCCGAUUGUCAAUCGCAAUGUCCAGAGUUUCAAUCGCCCUGUUCGGCCGGUCUGCCACACAUCGAUUUGAGCGGACAAUUCACAAGAUGCUCGGCCACGAACACGACUUGUCCAACCACGUAUUGGUGUCAUUUGGGAGUGUCCGCUGAGAGCACAGUGUGUUGCCCGGGAGCCGCCGAUCCCUGUGAACAGCCGUUGAGCGUCGGGAAUGGACAGUUUGCUGUGAAUCGAUUUACUUUUGAUCAUGUCACUCGCACUUGUCGCCAAUUUUACUAUUCGGGUAGUGGUGGGAAUGAGAAUAACUUUGCGAGGAAAGAGGCUUGCGAGAAGCGAUGUCCAGUUUUUGCGAAUCCUUGCGCUAUUGGAGAACCGCAAAGUGACGAGAAUUUCUCGCCGAUUCAUUGCACGGCUGAGGAUGAGAGUAUGUGCUCGGAGGGAUAUUUCUGUCAUUUGGGCGCUCACGAGCAUACAACGGUUUGUUGCCCAGGAAGAGCCGACGAUCCGUGUGCACAAGGGAAAUCGGAAGGGAAAGGAGACGAGUCGAUUCAAAGAUACUUUUUCUCAUCAGAAACCCGUCAAUGCUUGGCUUUCACUUUUAAAGGACUUGCCGGCAAUCAAAACAAUUUCCGUAACAAAAUUGAUUGCGAGCUUCGAUGUCCAGUCCUCGAAAACCCUUGUCCAAGCGGUCAACCACUCACGACUUUGGCCGGCGAAUUCCUUCUUUGCUCCGCCUCAUUCGCUCACACGUUAAUCCGCAAUUGUCCCACUGGCUUUUGGUGUCACGUCGGCGAGCAGCGAAAGAUUGCUGUGUGUUGUCCGGGAGAUGCCGAUCCCUGCAAUCUCCCAAUCGGUCAGGGUACUGGAAACUCAGCAAUUUCUCGUUUCUACUACGAUAAACAUUUCCGUAAAUGUGUUCGUUUCACGUAUUCUGGCCGUGGCGGGAAUGCGAACAACUUUGAGACACUGGAAGAUUGCCAAAAUAAAUGCCCUGAAUUUAUAAAUCCAUGCGCAGCCGGGGAUCCUGCCACGGCAUCAGAUGGAUCGAUUAUCAGUUGUGGAACAGAGGGAAUACAGUGCGGCGAUGGAUACUACUGUCAUAGAGGGCACACAUCGGAUAAUAUGGUGUGUUGCCCAAAGUUGGGUGAUCCUUGUCAAGCGCCGCGGCAAGAAGGAGAUGGAGAAGCCACGUUGAGCAGAUGGUUUUUCGAUGCAAUGACUUUAUCAUGUGCUCCUUUCACAUAUCUCGGUCGGGGCGGUAACGAAAAUAACUUUGUGACGAGGGACGAGUGCGAGAUCACGUGCCCAGCCUUCGUCAAUCCCUGUCCCAACUCAACUCUCUCAUGGCCAACGAUUCCGAAAUGUGAUGGAAAUGUUGAUGCCUGUCCCACAGGUCAAUGGUGUCACCCCGGGCAUACAAGAACAACAAAUGUCUGCUGUCCAUCGGCUUCUCUAAACCCUUGUGUACUGGCACUUGAGCAAGGACGAUCGUCUAAAGUCGGCCCUUUCACACGUUUCUUCUUCAACUCGGUCACCGAUCGUUGUGAGCCCUAUCAAUACACAGGCAUUGGUGGGAAUCAGAACAGCUUCUAUACAUUGGAGGAUUGUCAAAGGAGGUGUCCGGGACAAUUACACGCGUCAACCCCAUGCGAGCAACCGGUUCAACCCGGCGAGGGGCAUCUAUUCUUGACCAGAUACUAUUUCCAUGCGGGUUUUAAUCAAUGUCUACCGUUUGUUUUCACGGGAAAUGGCGGAAACUUGAACAACUUUGAGACGCUUGGCGAAUGCGUACACAAAUGUUUGGUAGCGAAAAAAAUCGCAUCCGCUGAAGUGCCUUUUCAAAUUCGUUUCAACUCACUGAGAUCCUCGUCGAGUGAGUCAACUCAGCCACUCGUCACCUCAACGCAUCCAACGCUGGCCCCGCAGAGUGGACAGAACGAGCUCUUCCACGAGGAUCGCCUCUGUCCACAGGGAGAUCCGCUGAAGACUGAAGCGGGAAUCCCGAUCAGUUGCAGCAUAAAACAACAAGUCGGUUGUCCAUCAGCCGGUUUCGUUUGCAUUCAAAUGUCAUCUGGAGACGCUUUUUGCUGCCCAAAUCCACAAUCCUUCUGCCUUCAACCGGAAUCCUCUGGAAAUUGCCGCUUCGGCAGUCAUCCGAUCACUUUAAAUGGAAUCACUCAAGCGCCAAUAUCGAUGACUUUACAACAAAGAUUCACUUACAAUCCGGUCACUGACAGUUGCCAGGCAUUUGUCUACUCGGGAUGUGGGGGAAAUUUGAACAACUUUGCAUCAAGGAUCCUCUGCUCGAGUAUUUGCUGUAAUAAGGGUUACAAUCAUCUCUUCAAGCACAAAUUGCUCCUUCUCAGCGACAGUCCAUUGGAAUCUUACCACAACGAGACAAAGCUUUUA